GGUAAGACUUUACAUCUCAUUCAAGAGUUUGAAACACAGACUGUGAUGUAUAGUUUGGUGAAAGAGCAUUUUCAACAGACCCACAAUUAUCAGUUGGGUUGAUAUCCAAGAAACAAUACCAAAAAGGUAAUCAGCACUAAGCUAGACUAUCUUGACGAAGUUAAUGAUAAUUUUGAUGAACAAAAGGAGCUAGAGAAGGCUAGAGAAGAGUUGAAAAAGAAAAGGUUGGUCAAAGAAAAACUUAUGAAUCAGAAAAAAAAGGCCAAUCUUUCCUUCCUUGAUGAAGAAGAGGAAAGUCUGGUCAAAGUCCCGAAGAAAAAGAAAAAGCAGAAGAAGGAGGGAUCCAAAAUAUCUUUAUUUUCCAAUAAAAGAUUUAAGGAGUCACAAGACGAGAAGGAAGAGCAGGUAGAGUAUAAAGGGUUUGGAAAAGACCCCUCUGUUAAUACUUCCUUCCUUAAGGAUGAAGAGAAGGAGAUAGAAGAGGAAAUCCAUAAGAAAGCCGAAAUAAAUAGACUGAUCAAGAAAACACUUGAGAUUAGAGAGCAAUUGAUUAAAAUUCAAUACUCUUAUUGGGAUGGUAGCGGAAUCAAGAAAACCAUUAUUGUCAAAAAGGGCGAGACUAUCAGAGAUAUCAUCCAAAAAUGACUUAGAAGAAUAGAAAAAUAACAACGAAUCGUUAACAGGAGCCUUAGCAGACACUUUUAUGAUGGUGAAAGCAGAUUAUAUCCUACCAAAUCAUAUUCACAUAAUGGAUUUCUUAACAAAGCAGAGGCUUGAUGGAAAUUGUGCCUGAAAAGGAAAAUUACAGUGUCAGGAAUGUAUUUUCCCAUUUUCUGAGAUAACCCCAUCUCCAGAGGAGCUUAGUAAUACUGACAUCUUGUCUGAUCUAGAAGGUGUGAAAGAAGAAAAUAGAGCUAAAAUUACUCUUGAUCAAGGUCCAGUCAUGAAGAUUAUUGAAAGAAGAGUCUUUGAGGAAUCUAAGCAUAUCUUUCCUUAUUAUAAUUGGAAAGCUUUUGAGAUCUCUCAGAAGCCAUAA